AUGGCACCAUUAAAAUCCGCUACGAGCGUGACCUUUAAAUCUACCGAGUUUGUACCGAAGGCUUCAUCAGUAGGAUUAAUUUUUUGGCAACCAACAAUAAAUUUUGAAUUUGGGCAAUGUCCGGCCAUCUGGAAAGAGUUUGAAAAAUUCGUAGCUAUGUUUGAAUCUGUAAAACUAUGCAAAUAUUGA